CAUUGUAAAACUCUCAUUUCUCUGCGCCUGUGGCCUCUGCCAGCCAGCGGUGGGGAGCCUCUGGGGAGUGGGAGGGAGGAAGGGAGAGAAGGGGGGAGCACUCCUUCCUGCCCUCCCCACCUCUCCGCGGCCUGGGAAAAGGCAGCAUAUUGAGGCGCGGGGCUCUCAGCAUCAGGCCCCGGGAUGCUAAUGAGGGCGAGCGCGUUCCCACAGCCCGGACAUUGUGCCGCGCGGCCCACCUGCUCCUCGGGGAGCGACCAUUGUGCCCGCGCCAAUUCACAGGCAAUUUAGCGUGCGCUAAUGGGCCGGCGCCUUUGUGCGGCCGGCGCCGCCAUUGGCCGCCGAGUGUGGGAACGGCCGCGGCACCCGGACCCCAGGCGCCGAGCCACUGCCCGCGCCUAUAUAGGGCUGGCGUGCUGGGGUCCGGGCCGCGCCAGCCCAGGACGCCUGGCUCUACACGCUCCGCUCCGCUCGCCAAUCGCCUCCAGAGCUCCAGGCAUGGCCCCAAGUACCGUGGCGGUGGAGAUGCUCAGUCCCAAGGAGAAAAACCGACUGCGGAAGCCGGUGGUGGAGAAGAUGCGUCGGGACCGCAUCAACAGCAGCAUAGAGCAGCUGAAGCUGCUGCUGGAGCAGGAGUUCGCGCGACACCAGCCCAACUCCAAACUGGAGAAGGCCGACAUCCUGGAGAUGGCCGUCAGCUACCUAAAGCACAGCAAAGCCUUCGCCGCGGCCGCCGGCCCCAAGAGCUUGCACCAGGACUACAGUGAGGGCUACUCGUGGUGCCUGCAGGAGGCGGUGCAGUUCCUGACCCUGCACGCCGCCAGCGACACGCAGAUGAAGCUGCUUUACCACUUCCAGCGACCCCCAGCUCCAGCCGCGCCUGCCAAGGAGCCCCCGGUGCCCGGCGCUGCGCCCCAACCGGCGCGCUCAUCCGCGAAGGCGGCUGCCGCCGUUUCCACCUCGCGCCAACCCGCCUGCGGCCUCUGGAGGCCCUGGUGACCCAGCGGCCGAUGGGUGCCUGGAGCAGACCAGAGGACAAGCUCAGUCCUCUGGAUGUGGGAAGACAUUCCCCAGCCACUGUUCAGCCCCAGGUUGGCCGCUACCUUCUUCCGAAGGCUCCCUCCCCAGGCUGGCUGGCCAGCAGGAGGGUCAUUCUUAGAGAAUGUGUGUGCAGAGUUGUUAUUUGGGGAUAAUCAGGGCCCACCCUCUGCCACCUGUCCAACCCUGUGGGGUUGUUUUGUGUUUGCAUUUCAGCAAGUGACUUCUGCGAAGUUUCCGGUCACCACCGGGGGUUCUAUGAUAUUUGUAGAGUCGGGGGUUGGCUCACCCCAGCCCGUAGAGGACUUUCUUCAGGGCCCGCUGCUGCUGGGCAAGCACCCUGCAGGCGGGCUGUGCCCUGGGCACAUUUGCCUUUUGUGAAGGCGGAACUGCAGGUGUUUCCUCAUAGGAAAGCACCCUGCGUGGGCGUAGGGCCCAUGGGACCUCAUCUUAAGGUCCGCAUGGCCUUGGCUGUCUGAUGCACGCUCACAGUGGGCUGUCUGGGAGGGUGGGGAUCUCCAGGACGAUCCUUAAAGGAUUCCUUUGUAUGGGUGGGUGCAUGUGGGCACGAUUUUGUACUUAGAAUUUGAACUCUUGGUCAUGUGGGAGAACACGGGCUGUUCUGAAGGCUUCAAAUAAAAUAUCAAGCCCUCCA